AUGGUGGACGGGCUUGGCAGCUUGUAUGGCACCUUCAAGCCAGCAGCUCGCCUGCCGCCGCGCUCGGCGCCUCACUUGGCUUUCGUGCAGGCUUAUGAGCAAGGCGACCUGGCAGACUUCAUCCGUAUGGUCCAGAAGUCGCUGCAGGAGGAGCCAGAAAUGGGCGUCGUCAGUGCCACGACCGCAUUACACCGGCUGGCCCGCGGCUGGUCCAGCGGCAAUGGCGUCGGCGCAGAGCUGGCCAGCGCCACGGUGGAGGUCCUUGUCCUGCUCAGCCAUCGUCUGGCAGACAUCUUUCGGUAUGCCAACAGCCCGAGCAGCUUAUCAGGUUUAGGUGAGCUGCAGCCUCGGCACGUAGCCAUCACCGCCUGGUCGUUUGCCACACUGCAGCGCUGCCCCGCGCUGAAGCUCCGGGGUGAGCACUUCACGGCACUUUUCAGGCCAUUGGCUGAGGCCGCAGUUCCCCGGAUUCCCGACUUCGAUGGCCAAUCCUUGGGGAAUCUACUCUGGGGUUGUGCCGUGACAAGGCAAGUGAACCGGAGGCUUUUCUUCGUGGCCUCCAGGAGGACGAGGGAGCUUCUGGCUUCCCAGGAGUUGGGCGGGCAGAACUUGAGCAACAUCCUGUGGUCUUUCUCACAGGUGCGGCUUCCGAACCAUGCGCUUUUUCAAGAGGUGGCGCGACAUCCUCAAGUCUUUGACGACGACACGCAUAAGGUGUCGUCGCAGCACAUCACCAACAUUCUCUGGGCGUUCUCUCGCAUCCAUGGCAAGCUCGGCAUGUUUCGGAGCUUCUUCGAUGCAGGAGCAGAGGCAGCGAUUCCCAAGCUGGGCACCUUUAAAACGCAGGAGCUGGCCAACUUGUUGUGGACCUUCGCAAACCAGACCAUGUACCACGAGGAUUUGUUUGCCGCUGUUGCAGAGCACGCAAAGGGCAGAAUCGCAGAGUUCGACAACUUCGACCUCUCGCAGCUUCUGUGGUCCUUUGCGAAAGUGUGGUGGCGGGAUGCAAAUCUUCUUGGGGAAGCUGCGCAGGACAUGCUUUUCGGGCCGAAGAACCGGCUGAAGCGCAUGUGCGCGCAGGAUUUGGGAUGUGUUUUGUGGGCCUUUGCCAUGCUCCAGUGGCCGGAUGACGCCUUGUUCCAAGCUUUGGCUCGGGCUGUCCGGGAGCAGUUUGGCACCCUCAAGCCGCUCGACAUCGGGAAUGUCGCCUGGGCACUCGCAAUGUCGAGCCAGAUGGAUGUCAGCACCGCCCGGAUGAUCGCAGAUCAUGCGCUGCGCCAGCCUGGAGAUUCCUUUGGACACGACUUCGGAGCUACGGCUGAGGGCUGGGUUCAUGUCUUAUCUGGCCUGGAAGAGCCCCUUUCAGGCACAGUGGAAGACAGAGAGAAGUGGGAAGCCUUAAAGGCCCGGUUCAACGCCGCCAUCUUUGCUCCGCUCUGUGAGAAACUUCAGCGUUUGCGGCGCGUCACAGAGGCCGAGGGAGACACAGCGCAGCGGAUGAUGGACAUGAGGCAGGAGCUCGGUCUUGUAGAAGCCUGGGUUGGCGACCUACAGUUGGAACAUCUGGGACCAGAGUACUCCGAGCUCCUGGCGUCCCGCUGUGGGCUUUGGAGCCCCGGUGAAUGGACCACGGGGGCCAGAAACGCCCUGGAGGCAUUCGAGAAGACGUCCUCGCAGUGCACAUCUCCGGAGCGCAUGCAGGACGGCGCUCAGAGGGGCAAGAGCUAUCGCGUGGGCUUGCACCAGUCCAAGGUGCUGGCUUGGCUUUCCUAUGACUUGCAGCUCCGAAGUCCCGGUUCGAACGCCGAGCUCUCCGAGCCCGGGCAGGUCGUGUCAUACGGCCGCGCAGAGCGGGACUUCUGCCCUCACUGGCAGGCAGCAGAGAAGCUGCUGCUCCCACUGGCCAGCACUUCGCAUAGUCGCGGGGGCCACGCAGAGCGCGUCGCAAUGCUGCAGGUUUUCGCACAUGCCCUGCGUUGCGCCGGCCAUUCAGGCCCUGGCGACGCAGAGUUGACUGGAGAUGUUUGGCUCUUCGUCUCCCACUGGCCGUGCAUCUCUUGCCUCGCAGUGCUGUGCCAGGCCACAGCCUUGGCACGCUCUGUGAGGUUUCAUCUCUGCUGGGACG